AUCUGGAAGAGGUCGUAAAGCAUAGCACUGCUCAGUUGUCCGUACUGAGCCAAGAUUAUUUUUCUGUGACAAUCUAAAUCUGCAGAACAGAUAGAAUGCGUAACUACGGAUCAAUGUUAGGAAACAGAUCCACCGCGAUUCUGUCGUGUCUCUUGGUGACAUCCUCGGUUACAUUUUUAUACAACGCAACGAUCCUGAAGUAUGCUAUGGUCCAAUUAGCUCAAACGUCUCGUAAAGAAGAUGGCAACUACACUCGCAAAUGUCAAAUACCAAGCUUGGAGCAUCGCUUCCAGUUCUACAGUUUCCUGAACAUUAGGGAUUACCUGUGCCAGAAUCUUAAGUGGCUGGGGGAAGGCGAUGGCCAGAAGGCCGUGUGUAUGGACGCCAACUUCAAAAUCUCUCCAGGCGACUGCCACGUCCUGUCAUUUGGCAUCAACAACGAAUGGUCCUUCGACGACGAAUUCGCCCGUCGUGGGUGUAAGGUCUAUUCCUUCGACCCCACGAUGGAUGCGGAGGACCACCAGAGGUCCCCAAACGUCCAGUUCUUCAAACUUGGCAUCAGCAACAUCCAAGGCACAAGGAAAGUCGGCAUGGGGUCGGAUUUUAGGUACUGCAAGGUCGACAGGUACGAGAACAUCUUGGCUCGCCUGAAUCUGACCGACACGACCAUCAGCUACCUCAAACUGGACAUCGAGCUUUCGGAGCUGGAAUUCUUCCAGGAUAUCUUCAGGAACUCUCCCCACCUCCUAAAUAACGUGCAGCAGAUUGGAGUGGAGCUGCAUCAUGGCCAUAUGGGCGAAGGCGUAGAGAACCCGGCGGCGGAGAGAGACCCCAUGUCCCCAGUGAGCACCUUCCAGCACUUCUGGCAGUAUUUCCACGAACUCAAGUGUCACGGAUUCAAGCUCAUUCACUCCCACCCGAACUUCAUUUGGACUGAAGCAGUGUGGGGCAGGAUAGGACCUCCUGAUCGACGGAUAGACACAGUAUAACGUGAUCGAAGGCUCAUUCAGCCUGCACGUUGCUUGACCAAAAGCUAAAAUUGCAGGGACGAAAGCUAAGGCUCAUUCAACCUCAACUUUCUUCGACGCAAAGCUAAAAUUGCAGGGAUGAGAGCCAUACGUAGUUAGUUUAAUAAAAAGCUAGAAUCAGCGUAAAAUGCCGAAUUUAGCCGAAGGGAGAACUUGUUAGCUUCAAUACGAGAAAGAUCUUAACAUAUUCAAGUAAAUAUCCUUUAGUGAUUUUCUUAACCUCAUAUUCUACAUAUCUUGUGUAACUAGGUUCAGUUAGAAAUAGAAAAAAUAAAAUUUCAAUUUAUCUGAAUACUGUUGGUUAGCUGGAUGAACUUUACUAAAAACAAAUGCCAUAAUUUAAUUGUGACUACAGUCUUUCAAUGUAUUAAGGUCUAAAUUCUUAGGUACGCAUUCGUUUACUUGGGCAGGUACAACUGUAUGGGCAUAAAACAAUCUUGAAAUA